CUUAGGAGGCUGUGGUUCCAUACACAUUAAUGUUUCUAUCUAUACUAUAUAUAUAUAUUUCUAUACAUUUAUAGAAUGUUGCUAGGGGCAUGUGCUCAGCUGUGCCCACUUGGGGGUUGAACGGCGGCGGCUCGCGGCGGCUGAGGUCAUCGCGCGGAGGCGGAGCAGACCGCCUCCCUCCACCGCCUCCAUUUUGAAUAGCGAUGUAACGGGGGCUCCGCCGCGUCGUUAGCGUCGACCAGCCCGCUGCACGGUGUCAACAAGCCGCAUCCAGACACCCUUCGACAUGGACGACCUCUUCAGUCCGCGGAGGAGCUUGAACAGCACCCAAGGGGAGAUACGAGUGGGACCAAGUCACCAGGCCAAGCUUCCCGAGCUGCAGCCACGGUCAGCCCCUAGCCUCCAGACUCAGAUGGAGAGCGAGGAGCUGGUGUGGACCCCGGGAGUCAAUGACUGUGAUCUACUCAUGUACCUGAGAGCGGCAAGGAGCAUGGCAGCGUUUGCAGGGAUGUGUGAUGGCGGCUCGACGGAGGAUGGGUGCCUGGCGGCGUCCCGUGAUGACACCACUCUCAACGCACUGAACAUGUUGCAUGCCAGCCAUUACGAUGCAGCCAAAGCUCUCCAGCAUCUGGUGAAGAAACCAGUUCCAAAGCUGAUUGAGAAGUGCUGGUCAGAGGACGAUGUGAAACGCUUCAUCAAAGGCCUUAGGCUUUACGGCAAGAACUUCUUCCGCAUUCGAAAAGAGCUUCUGCCCAGCAAAAAGACGGGUGAGCUGAUCACGUUCUACUACCACUGGAAGAAGACGCCGGAGGCCUCAGGAACCAGAGCCUAUCGCCAGCACCGUCGCCAGCCAUCUUCACGCAAGGCUAAGACCCGGUCAGCCACGGCCCCCGUCAGCACGCCGUCCCGGUCCCACUCACUGGACAUGAGCUCCGCCAGUGAGGAUGACAUGGAAAGUGAAGACAGUGAACAAGACUUGAAGCGGUCCACCUGCAGCCACUGUGGCACAACAGCCUCUAAGGACUGGCACCCCGCGGGGGGUCGUGUCAGCACCGUGCUGUGUGCCACGUGCCACGUCUACUUCAACAAGCAUGGCCGCCUCCCAGCCGCUCAGAAACCGGCGGACCCUCCGUUCAUGUUCAAACCUGUGAAGGAGGAAGACGAGGACUCCAGCGGGAAGCACGGGAUGAGGACGCGACGGAGCAGAGCAGCCCUGUCGUCUCUGAGGAGCGGUCACAGGAGAUUGACCGGCUCUCCUACCAGCGAGGAGCAGCAAUCCAGCAGCCAGCCCUCUCCCAGCGGGGCCAGCUCAGUUUCCAACGCCUCCAGGACCUCUUCCACCGACAGCAAGAGCGACUCCACCAAGAGGCCAAACAAGAAGCUCAAAGAAGAGGUUCUGUUACCAAAGACCACCAAGCGAGCAAGGGAGGUGGUGGCCCAGGAGACUGAUGAGCUCAGCAAAAUGACAGCCAAAAAGCCCAAGACCCAGGAGGCGCUGGUGUCUCGGUCGGAGGGUGAGGUGGAGGAGGAGAGCUCCGACAGCCGCAGUGCCAACGAGGACGGCAGUGACACCAAAGACAUCGACCAGGACAACCGCAGCUCCUCCCCCAGCAUCCCCAGCCCGCAGCCUGGCAAUGAGAGCGACUCGGACUCCUCCCCGCAGCCCAGCGGCCCGCAGACCGCCGCCCCGCAUGUCCCCGCUCACCAGCCCCCCCACGGCGCUCCGGACCCCCUCCACGCUCCACCCGCCCCGGGCCCGCUCCCUGUGGCCCAGGCGCCGCCUCACGGCCCCCCGCGCCAAGCCCCGCCCCACUUCUCCAGGGAGCCCCUGGUCCCGAAGGCCCCUCCCUCCGUACCCCAGGCCAAGCCUCCCCCAACCACCCCCAUCCCGCCCUCGCUCAGACAGUCGCCCCACCUGUCGGCCACGCAUUUCACCCAGAUGCCCACCAACCUGCCCCCGCCCCCGGCCCUCAAGCCCCUCAACGCCCUGCCUAACCAGCAUGCCCCCGGGGCCCCCCCUCCCCCCCUGCAGCUCAUGCAGAGCCUCCCAGCCGCCCAGCUGGCUGCUCUCCCCCACCUUCAGAACCACCCCCGCGCCCAUUCGUCUCAUCUGCCCAACCCCCACCCCCAAACCCUCUCCGCCAUGGCACACCACAAGAUGGGCCCCGCCCCCAGCCUCAACCCAUCCUUACCUCCUCACUCUCUGAGGCCCUGCGCCCCGACCAGCAGCCCACACAGGGCACAUAUUCACAUCAAGGAGGAGCCAAUGGAUGAGCUAGAAGAAGCGGAAAGCCCGCCUCCUCCGGCCAGCAGUCCCUCGCCAGAGCCCACGGUCGUCAACAUCGCCAGCCACGCCAGCCAGUCUGCCAGGUUUAUCAAACACUGGGACCGGGGCUACAACUCCUGCUCCAGAACAGACCUCUUCUUCACACCGCUGGCCGCCUCAAAGCUGGCCAAGAAGAGGGAGGAGACGAUGGAGAAGUCCAGGAGAGAGGCGGAGCUCGGCGCUCGCCAGGAGCGGGAGAGGGAGAAGGACCGGGAGAGAGAGCGAGAGAGGGAGGCAGACAAAAAUGUGAGAGUCUCCAGCUCAUCCCAAGACAGUCGCAUGAGCGAUGCCCAGAUGUCAGCCCAGAUGUCAGCCCAGAUGUCCGCCCAGAUGUCCGCCCAGAUGUCCGCCCAGAUGUCCGCCCAGAUGUCCGCCCAGAUGUCCGCCCAGAUGUCGGCUCAGAUGUCGGCUCAGAUGUCAGCCCAGAUGUCCGCCCACGGCCACAUGCGCUCCUCCUUCGAGCAGCCGCCCACCACGGUGGCGGCCGUGCCCCCCUACAUCGGGCCGGACACGCCCGCCCUGCGCACGCUCAGCGAGUAUGCGCGCCCCCACGUCAUGUCGCCAACCAACCGCAACCACCCCUUCUUCAUGUCCCUGAGCCCCGGGGAGCCUCUGCUGGCCUACCACAUGCCCGGCCUGUACGGCAAUGACCCGGGCCUCCGCGAGCGCGAGCUGCGCAACCUACGGGAGCGGGAGCUCCGGGAGCGCAUGAAGCCCGGCUACGAGAUGAAGCCCCCGGAGCUGGAGGCCAUGCACCCCUCGGCCAACCCAAUGGAGCACUUCGCCCGGCACGGCGCUCUUGUGCUGCCGCACAUGGCCGGCCCGCCGCACCACUUCGCCCAGUUCCACCCGGGGCUGAACCACCUGGAGCGCGAGCGCAUGAUGAUGGCCAACCAGCAGCUGCGGCCGGAGCUGAGCUACGCAGAGCGGCUGACGGCCGAACGGCUGCACGCCGAGAGGAUGGCGUCGGUGGCCAGCGACCCGGCCGCCCGGCUGCAGAUGCUCAACGUGACGCCGCACCACCACCAGCACUCCCACAUCCACUCACACCUCCACCUGCACCAGCAGGACCCCCUCAACCAAGGCUCUUCUCCACACACUCUGGACCCCAUGGCAACUGGGCCCCGCUUGGCCCGCUUCCCGUUCCCAAACGGGCCCGUCCCCAACCCCUUACUCAACGACCUCCCCCACGACCACGACAUGCUGCGGCACCCGCUGUUCGGCGUCGCGUAUCCGCGGGAGAUGCAGGGCCAGAUGCCCCAGAUGUCGGCCGCCCACCAGCUGCAGGCGAUGCACGCCCAGUCGGCGGAGCUGCAGCGCAUGGCCCUGGAGCAGCAGUGGCUGCAUGGGCACCACCACCUGCACGGCGGCGGCCCGCUGCCCGGCCAGGAGGACUACUACAGCCGUUUGAAGAAGGAAGGAGACAAGCCAUCCUGAGGCCAAGGUGGGCCAGACACCAUCUGAACAGAAUCCAGUAUACAGAUGGUGUCAGCCUCCACCCUAACAGAAUUCAGUAUACAGGUCAACUAGACUCCACCCUAACGGAUCCAGUACAGAUCAACUAGACUCCACCCUAACAGAUCCAGUAUACAGAUCAACUAGACUCCACCCUAACAGAUCCAGUACAGAUCAACUAGACUCCACCCUAACAGAUCCAGUACACAGAUUAACUAGACUCCACCCUAACAGAUCCAGUAUACAGAUUAACUAGACUCCACCCUAUCAGAUCCAGUAUACAGAUUAAAUAGACUCCACCUUAACAGAAUCCAGUAUACAGACGGGCCAGGGAGCACCCAAACAUAAUCCAGUAUCCAGAUGGACCAGACUCCACCCUAACAGAUCCAGUAUCCAGAUGGACCAGACUCCACCCUAACAGAUCCAGUAUCCAGAUGGACCAGACUCCACCCUAACAGAUCCAGUAUCCAGAUGGACCAGACUCCACCCUAACAGAAUCCAGUAUCCAGAUGGACCAGACUCCACCCUAACAGAAUCCAGUAUCCAGAUGGUGUCAGCCUCCACCCUAACAGAAUCCAGUAUCUAGUUGGCGCUCAGCCUCCACCCUAACAGAAUCCAGUAUCUAGUUGGCGCUCAGCCUCUACCCUAACAGAAUCCAGUAUACUUUUCAGAGACUGUACAUUUUUUAAAGAGUGUGUGGGUCCCUUUGUUUUAAUAUAUUGAAAAUAAGAAUCCUUGUGUGUCUAUAUGUGUAUUCCUUGUUCCAGCACUUAAUGGGAUUGUCAAGAGGUUUGCUUGAGAUUUUCUUACUAAUAGACAGUAGUGUUAAGACUUUAUACUGCCAUAAUCUCCUAAUUUAUUGUUAUUUUACUUGUUCAGCAGACAUGUGCGGUAUUAGGGUAACCAGCAUAUCGCACACAUCAAACUUUGAUGUGUGCAGUAUGAUAGAAUUGCUGAUGAUGCCCUAGGCUAGCAAGGAUGCUAUUGACCCAGCUGAUGAACAUUGGUAGUAGUAUGAGCUGUUCUUUCAUUUUUAAAUGGUCUUGUGUAAAUUUAAAUUUUAAAUCAGUGUUUGAAUGAUUGGCCUAACAACCUAGCAUGACUGUCUUCACAAUUCCGAAACUAGAGUAGCAAGUUACAAUGUUGUGUCAUUAGACUUGGAAAACUAUACUACAUGGAUUUAUUCUAAAACUGCUAAAUAUUUGUCUAAAUUAAAAACAUUUAUAUUUCAAGGUAUCUUUCACAGUGUAACCUAAGCUUUUAGUCACUUUGAGACUGUAAAUACUACAUGUGUAAUAGUCUAUAUUACCAAGCAUUAUUGAUAUAGGUUUAAUAUUCUAUAUUAAGUAUUAUUGAUCUUACUGUAAGUGUGAACUCUUGCCCCUAAAUUUGGCACAUAAAAAAACAUUUGCUGAACACAGUUUAGUGUUAUAAAAUAAAAUGAUUGUAAAUUAUAAGCUAUGAUCUGUGUCACUGUUGCACAGUGACAUUAAAACAACAUAUUCCGAUGUUUUUUUAACAAAGCGGUGAGAGACGAGACCCACGUGAUCUUAACAUACAUUUUAAAAACCCCGUUCCCUGUUUCAAAAUUCAAUAUUUAUGUGAAAUAAGAAACAAAAAUAUUGCACAAUUAUUUCAAUAAAUAAUUCUGCAAUGACGAA